UGAAUUGUCUGGACGCUGUACCACCGGAAGUACACGUAGAUGUAAAUUCUAUUUCUACGUAGAAGUAAACAUUCUAGAAAAAUAGCAGCUCAUCUGACAGCAAGAACUUAAUAAUACAGAUUGCCGGUGGCCAGAAAAAUUGAACAGUAUAAGAAAAUGAGGAUCAUUUUGUGUUUAUUCUUCGUGCACAUGUUCAUUACUGUUGCACUGGGGGCAUUUGGAAGUCAUGGGGAUAAAGUUCGGCUUACAGAUAUCCAUACCCUUACCUUGAAAAGUGGAAUGAUGACCAAUGCCAGGAGAUCUGCGGCCGUCCCUCAGUUGAAGUGUAUUGGAGGGACAGCUGGUUGUAAUGCCUUCAAACCACAAGUUGUACAGUGUUAUAACAGGGGGUCUGAUGGUUAUGAUGUACAGUGGGAGUGUAAAACUGACAUGGACAAUGCUUACCGCUUUGGUUCAGUGGAUGUGACCUGUGAGGGAUAUGAUUAUCCAGAUGACCCCUAUGUUUUGAGAGGCUCCUGUGGGUUGGAGUACACUAUUGAUCUCACAAAAGAAGGGUACCAACAGCAGCAGAGCGGGGGACACGAUUACUAUGGUGGUCAAUCAUACAGUAGCCCCUAUACUGGUAGUCAGUCCUAUGGGUAUGGACGCAAAGUGGGGUCAAUAUUUAGUGACCUGUUAACACUUGGAGUGGCAGCUCUGAUUAUCUACGUUAUAUAUAAGACAUGUGUAUCAGCUACAGCUGGCUAUGGUGCCAAUAAUGGCUACAGACCCACAGGAAGUGGUUAUCAACAACCACCUCCACCAGGCUUUAGAGACGAGUACACACAGCCAGGAUGUGGAACCACUUACGCCCCUGGCACAGGUGGUGCAGGAACUGGUGGAGGAUUCUGGUCUGGAGCUUUCACGGGUGGCAUCCUGGGAUACAUGCUUGGAAAUAACAGGAAUAAUUACUAUGCCCCUGGCUAUGCCUCACCCUACACAACAGGCUGGGGGUGGAACAGGAGGGCCUCACCUGGCUGGUUCAGCUCUGGUUCUGGUUCGGGAUUCAGCAUGGGGGGAAUGGGAGGAGGUUCCACUGCUGUACAUGUAUGUGAUUUAUCAUGCAAAAGUCCAUCAACUCUAGAAUGUCAAAGUUUAAACUCAACAGCCAGAGGUCGAUGUUGUGUAAAAGAAAGUGAUUCAUUGUCCCCAGCUUCUGUGACUGGAAUUGAUUUAAUAGACUGUGGCUUAACAAAUAUAUCUGGACAUUUUCAUUCAAUGAGGCAUCUGUAUGUAUUAUACUUGCAUAAGAACAACAUCAGCCAAAUCGAUGUAGAUGACUUUACCGGUGUUAAUGCCUUAAAGAAUUUGACAUUACCUCCCAAUUUGUCUUGUCCUGGUGGGCCAUCGUUAUGGAGUGCAGAGGAAACUCAACCAGAUAUGGUGGUUUGUUUAGAGGAACGCAGCACAUGUAAAGUUUUCAAUGUAAGUUGUCCCAAUUCCAAUAGCUAUUGUUCUGAUGUGGGCCCACAGAUUACAGAGUGUCUCUGCAGACCAGGUUUCCAUGGUUACAAGUGUUUAAGAAAGGAUGAUUUUCCAACAGCAACAUUUUUAAUAGGAAUCUGUGUGAGUACCUUUGUAGUGUCUGCAUUCUUAUGGAUUACACAAAGAAGGAAGGUGAAAACACAUUAACAGGAGAGUGCUUAUUUGGCUAUAUUAGAUUGGUUCUAUAUAUAGUGAUUUAUAACAUAAUUCUUGAUUUGGGAUCAAAUGCUUUCUUCAAUGCUGUGAAAAGGCAAAACUUAAAUUUCUUAAUCAGUUUGUGUUUCAUAGUUUGUUUGUAUGUUCUUUAUAUCAUUUUUAAUGCUUGCAUGACAGAAAUAUGUGAUAAUUGUUUUUAGAUACUGAGUUUAAUUGAACUUGAAAUUAUUUUCAAUUUUACUUAUUGUACAUGUAUAAAUCACAAGUUGUUUUUUUUUCUAGAACAUUACUAAAUGUAUUUAAAAUUUAAGCAAGGUUAUUUUUAAGAGCUAUCAAAUAUUACAGAUCAUGACCUACGAAUAUAUUUAAGUAAAUCGUAUACCUUGUCAGCCAAUGUCACAGGAACUGUUUAUGGACAAUCUAUAGUCUCUUGACGGCGGACUUCAUAAUUGUUAGAAAAUCUAGUCAUAAGUGUAUCACGUCUUGUUAUGUCACUUUGCAUCAUUUGUCGUUCUGUCCUGUAGAGAUUUCGGUGAAACUACACGUCAUUGUAUUGCAAUAUGGUGCCAAAGACAGUUCUGUUGUUGUUUUAUUUUAUUUUAUUCUUUAAUUUGUGUUAAUCUUUAAUCAAAUGUUUAUUUUACUUUAAGAAACAAGAAAACACGAAGGUUUGUUUCUGUACACUUUUAUAAUUAGCACCUAUAUAGUCAAAUUAUAUAUUAUCAUACUUAAUAUCACAUGCAACAUUUUCUUUUUUUUUAAUUUGUUUUGUCUCAUGUUUGAAAGUUUUAAAUUUUGUGAAUGUUCAUCACUUUGUUACCCUAUAAAGUUCAAAUAGAAUGUGUGUUAUGUAUUUUUUUAUAUAUUCAUUCUUUUAUAGUUCCUAAUAAACUAUUUGCAAUU